AUGGAAGAAGGCUACAUAUUUGCAAGGUUCAUGCAAGCAAGACACUUCAUCAACAAUGGUGUUGAGGUGACCCUCGGCAUAAACAGCAGUGAACCUGAAGUUGUAAAUUGCUGAAAGCCAAAACAGGAGUCUAAUUGCAUGCUUUAAAGAGGAUGGGCAGCAUUCCCCUUAUCGAUAAUAUACAAAGCUGACGAAACUUGUCAUCAAACUUGAGCACAGAGAGGCCCAAAUAAACCUACUACUCAACUCUGUGUUGGCUAAACAGUCCCCGAAAUCAAUUAUAGGUAACACACGCUAACCUUUCGUUAGCUACGCCGGUUUGAGAAACAUCAACGACUCCUGUGUUGCUGGUGGAGUCUUGAGAGGAACUUUUGGAGACUACCUGACUACCAGCACUUGUUCAAGAAAAGAGUGCUGUAGUACUCUUUAUCAGCGAGCAACGUAUCCAGCGGUAGUUUUGGGAGUGGUUUGCAUGUUCUCAGGCGCCAAAAUGGCCGAAUCAGAAGGAUGAGGCACAUAACUACGGCGGGCUAUUCAGCCAAGCUAUACAGAAUUCGGAUUCCUGUAUCUACCGAUUCAUGUCCUCCAAGCCCUUUUUCUUUUCCGGAGACUCUUCGGUGACCUGGAGCUAGGGCCUGUAAUUUUGCUAUCAAGGCAGCUUCGUCUUCGUCUGUCAUAAAUUAUGUAAUUAUGACGUCACAAUGUGCGCAAUGUUCUUCUAAGAUUCACACAAUAAAGAAAACAGGUAUCUUGACCAUCGUGAUACUAUGUCAUUACAAUAAUUGUAACAUCGCCGUUGUUGCUCUGAGCCGGAGAAGCGACCAUCUCCGCCAACUUGUCCGAGCCCUUAACCUUAAUUUCUGCUUUUUUGUUCUCAUCUUCAGGCUGUGGCGGAUGAGAACCUGCCUCUGGCUGCGGUAAAGCUCGUUUUCCAUAUGAUCACCUCAGUCUUCUCAAAUAAUGUUCAGGCGAUUGGGAUGACUAUAUGGCAACAAUACCCUGACGACUGGGACGACCUCUACCGUUUGGAUAGAAUUGAGUUCUAUCCGGACGAUGGCAAUGAUCGCGUAAAAUUUGAAGCGAUCGUAAGGACACAUUGUCAGACGACUGAGACGAUUAGAACAAUCGAAGGCUAUCCCAGAAAUCUCCCACUAAAAUCCGCCAUUGUGUUUGGCUUGUUUGCAAAGCAUGGGCAAGAGUUUCUUUUUCGCGGCGAACCCAGAAACAUCGCUGAAGACCACGCGCCUCCAGUGUUUGAGGCGAUUGAGAUGAUUAUCAUGGAAACCAAGCUUGUUAAUUACUAA